AUGGCCACACCACCCGCUCGACAGUGGGGUGUUACCCCUCCCAUUUCGACCAUUCUUCCAACCCAGGAUGAGCUGGCCGCUAACGAUGAUCUCAUUGCUGAACUGAAAGCACAGAACAACUUCGAAUUACCCUCAGAGACGGAACGAAGAAAGCAAAUUCUUCAACUUCUCCAGCGCGUCGCGCUCGAGUUCGUCAAGGGCGUUAGUCGAAAGAAAGGGCUUUCCCAAGCUGCCGUAGAGGCCGCAGGAGGUAAAGUCUUUGCCUAUGGAAGUUAUCGGCUUGGUGUUUAUGGCCCAGGAUCGGAUAUCGAUACCCUAGUCGUCGGCCCGAAGCACGUCGUUCGAGACGAUUUCUUUUCCGACUUCCCUCCAGUUCUCCAACAGAUCGCACCUAAAGGGUCCAUCGAGAAAAUGACCCCGGUCCCCGAUGCCUUCGUUCCUAUCAUCAAGCUGGAGAUAUCUGGCAUCAGCAUUGAUCUGAUUUUCGCACGACUGGUCGUCUCCUCCGUGCCAAUGAACCUAGAUCUCAAGAACAAUGACUACCUUAGAGGCCUGGAUGAGUUCGAGGUACGAUCGCUGAAUGGAACGCGUGUCACUGACGAAAUCUUGGAACUUGUUCCCCAGCAAAAGACUUUCCGUCUUGCUUUACGCGCGAUUAAGCUUUGGGCUCAACGCCGCGCAAUCUACUCAAAUAUCGUUGGUUUCCCCGGAGGUGUUGCAUGGGCAAUGCUCGUGGCCCGAGUCUGCCAGCUGUACCCUCAAGCGACCGGCUCUGUCAUUGUUGGAAAGUUCUUCAGAAUCAUGAACAAGUGGGCAUGGCCACAACCAGUUUUACUGAAGCAGAUUGAAGAUGGUCCUUUGCAGAUGAAAGUUUGGAAUCCGAAAAUUUAUCACGGCGACCGAUUCCACCUGAUGCCCAUUAUCACCCCUGCCUACCCUUCGAUGUGCGCAACACAUAAUAUUUCCAUGUCAACAAAGGCUGUCAUUCUGCGCGAGCUUGCAAGAGGUGGCGAUAUUGUGGACAAGAUCUUUACCAAGCAAAAUUCUUGGAACGAUCUGUUCACUCGGCAUUCCUUCUUCACCCAAGCCUAUAAGUAUUACUUGAACAUCACAGCCACAAGUAAGACAAAGGAAGCGGAAGCGGUCUGGUCUGGUCUUGUUGAAUCUAAGCUACGUCACCUUAUCGGCGCUCUUGACCGCAAAGCAAUCAUCGCUGUUGCACAUCCCUUCCCCAAGGGAUUCGAAAGAAUUCAUCUCGUUUCAAGCCCACAGGAGAUGGAAGCUGUCAAAAAUGGAUCUACUCAAUACCAGGCUAAAGGAACGACGACCGAAACCACUGAUGAGACCAAAGAUGCCGCCCACCAAGCUGCGGCAGAGAAUGGAGCUGGAAAUGCCCAAGCGCCGGCCCCCGCAGAGCAAAAGCCUGAGACCGAACCCCAGAAUGUUUACACAACUAGCUAUUAUAUCGGUCUAGAGCUCAACCAGCUUGAACCAGGUGCUCCGCGUUCCCUGGAUAUUUCGACAGAUGCUAAUAUCUUCAAAUCGACUUGCACCUCGUGGCCUGGCUACUUGCAGGAUACCCACGACCUGUCGAUCACCCAUGUCCGCAGCUUCGAGUUGCCCGAUGAUGUGUUCCAGCCUGGCGAAGUCCGGCCCUCCCGACCAGUGAAAACAAAGAAGAAGGUUGUCAAGAAGAGUGCCGAGGCUGCCGGUCAGAAGCGCAAUAUCAGCGAGCUGGACGAUUCGGCUCAAAGCGCAGCGAAGCGUCAAGUUACUUCGAAUGUCGCCGCCCCUGCUUGA